CGCAUAACGAAACUCGCUGAACCGGGGUGUAAAACAGCCGCCGCUUGAAUCGUCAAAGCAGCAGUUGGACCUCGCAUUGAACGGGGACCCCGGAUUACCACAUAUACAGUACUAGACGUCGCCUUGAACAGGAGGCCAUCCUGUGCACAAAUUGUCCUCGCUGCUGUUUGUCGUCUAAUGGCAGCCUAACACUAAAUUACACGAUUCACCCACGAGACCGCGGUAGGCGACUUCCACGAAGACUUGUUCUACUCCAUAUUGCGGUCUCUCCUACUAUUUCAAUAUUCUAUUCAGUUCUUUGUUGGCUGCGAACCCCCGUCGCCCUCUUUCAGCAUGGCAGUGCCGCCUCCACCUCCACCAGCACCAGCACCCCCUCCCCCUCCGUCCGAUACUCGUGUUGUUCCUCCUCCUCCUCCCUCCGAUAGCAACCAGCCCACCAAGAAGAUGAAACCGAGGGCUGCGCCAUUAAGUGUGGAGGAAUUGCUCAGGAAGAAAAGGGAGGCCGACAUGGCAGCAAGCAAGCCAAAAUUCCUGUCUCGCGCAGAGCGUGAACGACUUGCCUUGGAGAAGCGGGCAAAAGAAGUUGAAGCCUCAAAUGGAGCUAAACAUCAAAAUGAGAGGACUGAGACUGAGAGGCCCAAGCCAUCUACCGCCCCAACAGGACCUCGGGCUUUGCGCAAUGGAGAUGUUCCUACUGGCCCUAGUGCGAUGCGAUCCAGGGAACAUAACAAGGGCGUUGAUCUCAAUCCACCUCCGGCACCGAAAUCCAUAGCUUUUGGUGGCGACUCAAGGGCACAAAAGCGACAAGCAGAUGACGACCGGCCUGAAAAGGCAGCAGCUGAACUGAUCAAGCAGCGGUACAUGGGUGCAGACAUAAACGUUUCGACAUUUUCCGCAUCCAAGAAGAGACGGCGUACGACCGAGAAGAAAUUCAACUUUGAGUGGAAUGCCGAGGAAGAUACGACUCCAGACUACAAUCCAAUCUACAACAAUCGCGCACAACCAAGUUUCUUUGGGCGAGGGCGGCUGGGAGGAUUCGAUGAGCAGGCUGCGGACGAGGCUGCUCGCAAAUAUGCAGAAGCAUUACAAUCGAGAGACAGCGAGGCUGGAGCUGCACGAGCACAAGAGAUCAUGGAGAUGGAGCGGAAACGGAAAGAAGAGUCGAACCGGAUGGCGAUCGAUAAGCACUGGAGUGAGAAGAGACUCGACCAGAUGCGGGAGCGAGAUUGGCGUAUCUUCAAGGAAGACUUUAACAUCAGUACAAAAGGCGGCGGCAUCCCAAACCCCAUGCGCAACUGGAAAGAGUCGAAUCUGCCACGACGCUUGCUCGAUAUCAUCGAUCAGGUUGGCUACACCGAGCCGUCAGCCGUUCAAAGAGCUGCAAUUCCCAUUGCUCUCCAGAAUCGCGAUCUUAUUGGUGUCGCAGUCACGGGUUCCGGUAAAACAGCUGCAUUCCUGCUUCCGCUACUCGUCUACAUUGCCGAGCUACCUCGCCUCGAUGAAGACGAAUGGCGACGGAAUAACGGUCCUUAUGCGAUUAUCCUCGCUCCGACACGUGAACUUGCUCAACAGAUCGAGCUCGAAGCUCGUAAGUUCGCCUCACCGCUCGGCUUCACCGUUGUGUCCAUUGUCGGUGGUCACUCCAUUGAAGAGCAAGCAUACAACCUACGCAACGGUGCGGAAAUCAUCAUUGCCACGCCCGGUCGUCUUGUCGACUGCAUCGAACGCCGGAUCAUCGUCCUCGAACAGUGCUGCUACGUCAUCAUGGACGAAGCAGAUCGCAUGAUCGACCUCGGCUUCGAAGAGCCCGUGAACAAGAUCCUCGAUGCACUCCCUGUGACCAACGAGAAACCCGACUCCGAUGCUGCCGAAGACGUUCGCGCCAUGUCGCGCCACCUUGGAGGCAAAGAACGAUACCGCCAGACAAUGAUGUACACAGCCACCAUGCCUGCAGCCGUCGAGCGAAUUGCGCGCAAGUACCUCCGCCGUCCGGCCAUUGUGACCAUCGGCAAUGUUGGCGAGGCGGUCGAGACGGUCGAGCAACGCGUCGAGUUCGUCGCUGGCGAAGACAAGCGCAAAAAGCGGCUCAACGAGAUCCUCAGUUCUGGCGAGUUCCGGCCCCCCAUCAUCGUCUUCGUCAAUAUCAAGCGCAACUGCGACGCUGUGGCCAGAGACAUCAAGUCCAUGGGAUUCAGCUCCGUCACACUCCACGGUUCCAAGACGCAAGAGCAGCGUGAGGCUGCGCUGCAGUCUGUCCGGGACGGUAAGACGGAUGUCCUGGUCGCCACGGACCUGGCGGGUCGUGGUAUCGACGUGCCUGACGUGUCCCUUGUGGUCAAUUUCAACAUGGCGAACAACAUUGAGUCGUACACUCAUCGUAUCGGUCGUACCGGUCGUGCAGGCAAGAGCGGUGUGGCCAUCACCUUUUUGGGCAACGAGGACACGGACGUCAUGUACGAUUUGAAGCAGAUGCUCAUGAAGAGCAGUAUUAGUCGUGUGCCCGAGGAGUUGAGGAAACAUGAGGCUGCACAGCAGAAGAGCCAGAGAGGUGGACCUGGUGGAGCGGGUAAGAAGUCCAUAACGGCGAGUGAUGAGAGUGGUGGCUUCGGUGGAAAGAGUGGUGGAUGGUAAUUAGAGCUACUACAGCCGUACCAUAGCCUGAAUCAAACGCACUUUGUGGACAGUA